AUGGAGAAGGAAUUGGAUUUAACACUUAGGCUGGGUCUGCCAAGUCCUACUGUUGAGACACAUCUGAGCUUAAACACUCCCAUCACUGAUCAGGGCAACAACGUCGACCGUAACCGCCGAGACAACAACAACAACGACGGCGAGAAUCGUGGCCGCCGUCACGUUCUCAGGAACGAGACCAACGAAGAAGAAGGUGGGAGAAUGAACAUUGAUGUCAAUAUCAGAUACUACAACUUAAUCUUCAACCACUUCUCCGGCGUUGGAGAGACCUUAAACUUUGCUUCUUCCUCGAUGCAACCGUCUCCAGCUCCGGCACAGGAGACUCCUACGGGAAGUGACUAUGUUCUGAUUGAUGUCCCAGCUAAGAGAGCACGUCGUAACGCAAACGCAAACGCAAAUCCAGGGCAUUUGGGCUGCUGCGGCUGCUGUUUAGCAGGAAGGUUUAACGAGACGAGGAAGUGUACGAACUUGAACUGCAACACAACUAACACUCCUAUGUGGCGUAAGGGUCCUCUUGGUCCUAAGAGUUUAUGCAAUGCUUGUGGGAUAAAGUUCAGGAAGGAGAAAGCGAAGAGCUGCAAUGGAACUGAGUGA